CAUAAUUGAGAAGGUUUGGGUAUUAGUCUCAUAAGCCACACGGCAUAUUGAAGAGAGAGAAUCUCUAAAAUGGUUUGGUGCCAGCUAUGAAGUUGAAGGAUCAAAGCUUUCUCUGAGGUCAAAGCUGGCAUUUUUUUUCUUUUCUUUUAUUCCACAACCUUCCCUUAUUUACUACUCUUCAUAUCAAUGCAGAUUUUAAAUCGACCAUUUCCUCCAUUUUCAUCAGCCUCUCUCUCUCCCACUCAGUUUCCAUUAUCCCUCUCUUUCCUUUCUCUCAUAUUUCUCCUUAUUUAUUAGAGAAUGAAAAAGAAAAUGUGCAUGCUUUGAGAGCAAGAAAAAAAGAAAAAGAGAGAGAGGUUAAUGGUCGAUUGAUUUUGAUUCUUCAUCAACAAAGGUAUUGCAAAAAAAAAAAAAAAUCCCAUGGCUGUUUCUCCAUGUUUGAGUGGUAAUGAUCAGAAGCAACAUUGGUGGCUUAGCAAUAGAAAGCUUGUAGAUAAGUACAUUAAGGAUGCAAGGUGUCUCAUUGCAACGCAAGAACAAAACGAGAUCGCUUCGGCUCUCAAUCUUCUUGAUGCAGCUUUGGCUCUCUCGCCUCGUUUUGAAAUCGCUCUUGAACUGAAAGCGAGAUCUUUACUGUAUCUAAGGCGUUUCAGGGACGUUGCUGACAUGCUUCAAGACUACAUUCCCAGUCUAAAAAUGUCAGGCGAGGACUCUGGUUCUGUUUCCUCAGAUAACUCGUCUCAACAGUUUUCAAGGGAGCGAGUCAAGCUUCUCCCUUCUAAUAACUCGUCCUCCAACUCACCGGAUCGUGACCUAUCUUUCAAGUGUUUCUCUGUCUCGGACUUGAAGAAGAAAGUCAUAGCCGGCUUGUGUAGAAGCUGCGAGAAAGAAGGGCAAUGGAGGUACUUGGUCCUAGGUCAAGCAUGUUGUCACCUAGGCCUAAUGGAGGACGCUAUCGUUCUCCUCCAAACUGGCAAACGCCUUGUUUCUGCAGCGUUCCGCCGUGAAAGCAUUUGCUGGUCCGACGACAGCUUCUCCCUCCCCACCACUAUCACCACAUUCGACAUCUCCUCUGCCGCCACAACGCCUCUCUCCACGCCUCCACGCAAUCCCUCCUCUCUCUUUGAAUCCGAAAAUAUUUCCCAGCUUCUAUCCCAUAUCAAACUCCUCAUCCGCCGUCGAACCGCUGCCAUUGCAGCCUUAGAUGCCGGCUUAUACUCCGAAGCCAUCCACCAUUUCUCCAAAAUCGUAGACGGUCGCCGUCCUGCCCCUCAGGGCUUCCUUGCAGAGUGUUAUAUGCACCGAGCCUCUGCUUACAAGGCCUCAGGUCGCAUAGCUGAGUCAAUCUCGGAUUGUAACAAAACCCUUGCUCUUGAUCCAACUUGCAUCCAAGCGCUUGACACCAGGGCCUCACUUUUGGAAACCAUACGUAGUUUACCUGACUGUUUACACGACCUUGAACACUUGAAACUGCUUUACAAUUCUAUCUUGCGAGAUAGGAAGCUUCCAGGUCCUGCCUGGAAGCGUCACAAUGUGAGGUACAGGGAGAUUCCAGGAAAGCUCUGUGCAUUAACGACUAAAAUUCAACAAUUGAAGCAAAGGGUUGCUUCUGGGGAGACUGGAAAUGUUGAUUACUAUGCAUUGAUCGGUCUAAGCCGUGGUUGCUCAAGAUCUGAAUUAGAGAGGGCUCAUCUGCUACUGUGUUUAAGACACAAACCGGAUAAAGCUACCAACUUUAUUGAUAGAUGCGAAUUCGCUGGUGAACUAGAUUUCGACUCGGUUAAAGACAGUGCAAAGAUGUCGGCUUUGCUUCUUUACAGAUUGCUUCAAAAAGGUUAUUCCAGCGUGAUGUCUAUUAUUAUGGAUGAAGAAGCGGCUGAGAAGCAAAGGAAGAAAGCUGCGGCUGCUUUGCAAGCAGCUCAGGCAGCAAUUCAAGUGCAGCAAACCCAUUACUCUAAAUUGGAACCUGAAAAUAGUCUGGCUUCUUCGACAAAUUCAUCAGAUGUUUCAGGGUGCAAUAACGGGGUUAAUACCAGUGGAAACAAAGCCACAACAACUACGCCAAAUACAAAUGUGUUUCAAGGUGUAUUUUGCAGGGAUCUUGCAGCAGUUGGGAAUUUGUUAUCACAAGUAGGGUUUAAUCGUCCAGUUACAGUAAAGUAUGAGGCUCUGAGCUGCUGAGUUUUGCUUGGAAGUCUACGUUAGGUCACUAUAAAAAAGUUUUUAAGAUGUUUUACCGGCAGUAAAAUCUCUGCUUCAUUUUCCCUGUUUGUACAAAAUGAAAAAUUUUUAGUCUGCCGGAAAUUUUUGUCUCCCUCUUUCUUCUUUUCUGUUAUCUACUACCAUGUACAGAAUUUUUCGUUUUUGAAUUUCUACUUUUGGGUUCAUUUCCUUGGUCUAAGCCCUUUUUUUAACGUAGUUUCCAAUUCAAUUGAUAUUAAUGGUUAGAUUGGCACCAAUUAC